GGAGCGUCGGCCUCCGCCGGGCCUUCUGCGAGGCCCUCAUGCGGCGCCCUCGCUGACACCUGAAAGCCGCCGCUCGCUGUCCUCCUGGGGACCGCGGGGUCGCCCGGCCCGCCGCCCUUGGCGGUUAAAGUCGUCGUCGUGCGGGCCCGCGGCGGCUGCCCAUGGAGAAGGCCGGGCGGGGCGGCGACGGCGCCCCACGGGGGCCCGUCCUGCACAUCGUGGUGGUCGGCUUUCACCACAAGAAGGGUUGCCAGGUUGAAUUCUCUUACCCGCCCCUGAUUCCAGGAGAUGGACAUGACAGUCACACUUUACCUGAAGAAUGGAAGUAUUUACCCUUCCUUGCCUUACCAGAUGGCGCACACAACUACCAGGAAGAUACUGUGUUUUUUCACUUGCCACCCAGAAAUGGAAAUGGAGCCACAGUAUAUGGUAUCUCUUGCUAUCGACAAAUUGAAGCCAAGGCAUUAAAAGUACGGCAAGCAGAUGUCACCAGAGAGACCGUUCAGAAAAGUGUCUGUGUUCUAAGCAAGCUGCCUCUCUAUGGCUUACUUCAGGCAAAACUUGAGCUUAUUACACAUGCAUAUUUUGAAGAGAAGGAUUUUUCCCAAAUUUCCAUUCUAAAGGAACUUUAUGAACAUAUGAAUAGUUCCUUGGGAGGAACUUCAUUAGAAGGAUCCCAAGUAUAUCUUGGUCUGUCUCCUCGAGAUCUUGUGCUUCAUUUUCGACACAAGGUCUUAAUCCUGUUUAAAUUAAUUCUUCUUGAAAAAAAGGUUCUCUUUUAUAUUUCUCCGGUGAAUAAAUUGGUGGGUGCCCUGAUGACUGUGUUAUCCCUUUUUCCAGGCAUGAUUGAACAUGGUCUCAGUGACUGUUCUCAAUACAGACCCCGAAAGAGUAUGUCUGAAGAGGCUGGGCUUCAAGAAAGUAAUCCCCUUGCAAGUGAUUUUGUUUCUAUGUCUGCCUCUGACAUUUCAAAUACCUGCUCGAGAAAUGUCAAGAAAAUCAUGACAGGAAACCGUGGAGGAGAUGCGGCCAUCAAGACUGAAGAGCUUUUAUUCCAAGUAGAAGAUGACAGCAGCAAAGGACAGGAACAAAAUGAUAUCAAUCAAUAUUUGAAACCUCCUUGUCACCCCUCUCCAGAGUCUUCAGAAAGUGACUGGGAGACCUUGGAUCCUAGUGUCUUAGAGGACCCCACCUUGAAAGAAAGGGAACAGGUGGGGUCAGAACAGACCAACUCAUUUCCAAAGGAGUCUGUGCCCUCAGACAGUCCUCCGAUUACCGUACAACCUCAAGCUAACACAGGCCAGGUUGUCCUGAUACCAGGGCUAAUUUCCGGUUUGGAAGAGGAUCAGUAUGGCAUGCCCCUGGCCAUCUUCACAAAGGGAUAUCUGUGUUUGCCUUAUAUGGCGUUGCAGCAACAUCAUCUUCUCUCUGAUGUCACCGUUCGGGGAUUUGUUGCUGGAGCUACUAACAUCCUUUUUCGGCAACAGAAACACCUCAGUGAUGCCAUUGUGGAAGUAGAAGAAGCUCUGAUCCAGAUCCAUGAUCCAGAACUCAGGAAGCUGCUUAACCCAACCACUGCAGACCUAAGGUUCGCAGAUUACCUAGUGAGGCACGUGACUGAGAACCGGGAUGAUGUCUUCCUGGAUGGCACGGGCUGGGAGGGAGGUGACGAGUGGAUCCGAGCCCAGUUUGCAGUCUACAUCCAUGCUCUGCUGGCUGCCACGCUGCACUUAGAUAAUGAAAAGAUACUAUCAGACUAUGGGACAACCUUUGUUACAGCAUGGAAGAAUACUCACAACUACAGGGUCUGGAACAGCAACAAGCAUCCAGCACUUGCAGAAAUAAAUCCAAACCAUCCUUUUCAAGGCCAGUACUCAGUGUCAGACAUGAAGUUAAGAUUCUCACAUUCUGUUCAAAACAGUGAACGUGGCAAAAAAAUUGGAAACGUCAUGGUCACAACCAGCCGGAAUGUUGUACAAACAGGAAAAGCUGUUGGCCAGUCAGUUGGAGGAGCUUUUUCCAGUGCAAAGACAGCUAUGUCUUCGUGGCUUUCUACUUUCACCAAUUCCACCCCCCAGAGUCUCACUGAGCCCCCUGAUGGGAAGCCCUGAGCAAGGCGUCCAGAGGCUGCUGUUGCUUUCUUCGGUUUAAGUGUUCCCUGUCUGUCUGCUGCUGCCAGACUGUUCCUCUUCAUCAGCCACAGGUCCACAGCAGGGUACCAUUAUGUCAAACUGUUUACAUGGACGGUUGCCCUCUGUCUAAAUGAAUGUUGCAGGAUGCUGAGAAGAUGAAAUCACAAUGAUAGCAGGGAUGGCUUUCCAGGUUGGGGUUUAAAUUGACUAGUUUUUUUUCAGUCUGAGCCUGAUUAAAACACACAGUGAAUCUUGUAAUGAAUUUUGAGUUCUAAUAUUAUACAUUUGUUUACUUUAGAAAAGUUUUUACUUAUGUAAAUUUGGUUUUGUUUGCUGUUUGAAUAUGCAGAUGGUCACUGUAAUUUAUAUGUGCUAAAAUUAAGUUAUAUUACUAUUUUAAUUUCUCUAAAGUUGGCCCUAAAAUGUGCUUAAGAGUUAAGAGGCCAUACAAUCCAGCUCUUUGUUAUUAUUUUACUGAGUUAUAUGAUUAUUUUUUGUUUCUUGGUUUUCUACCCACAAAACACGUUUAUCAAUUCACUGCCUCCCAGAAACGUGAAAGUCAGAGGUGGUAGUUCUGAGGAUGGAGUGUUUUGUUUCAUGUUUUUAAUUUAUUCUUUCCCAAUCCUAGACACUUGGUUUCAAGCAUGAAAGAAUGUCACUGUGCUUUCUUCCUCUUCCUAAUUGUGCAAGUAGAUGUGCAGAGAAACAGCAUAGUGACAGUUACAGUGGUGUUUGAGCAGUUUAACAUGAAUGUGUAUUUAGGGCAAGACUUUAAAAGACCUAGGUGUUAGUUUCGUCAACUCUAGUCAUGUUGCAGUCUUUCACAAGCAUUUUUUAACCCAAAGUUUGUGCCUUCUAUUUUCUCUUUUGAACAGUUUUCCAUUGGGUGUUUACAGACCUACAGGUUUUUUCUGUCUUAUUCUUCAUAAAGCUUUUCGAGGCACUUGGCCUUCCUACUUUCCUGAUGGAAAAUCCUCCUGUAAUCAAUCCCUACCCCCUUCUGAAAGUAUUUAUAAAAGAAAAACAAGAUGAUCCAUAAAUAUUGAAAAGAAAUCUCAUCUUAGCUCACAUUUAGAAAAGCAAGAGGCAAAAGAAGAAAACUACCAUGAUAUCAGUCAUGUUUCAUAAAGGACAUCGGGUUUCAGUGUAGACCCUGCAUGAGUGUGCUGUCUACUGAAGACUUUUACACAACUGGACCUCAUGUAUCUGCCAUGCUCAGCUCUCAUUUGCUUUUCAAGGGGACUUUGGAUGGGUGUUCUCAGGGAGUACUUACAGGGGACAGACUGCUUUUUCAGUAACAAAAGAUACUUGGAGAAUACAUUAUGAGUAUAAUCUACAUAUGAUGUAGAGUAUUGGGAAAAUAAGCGGCCUAAUUAAGGAGAACACUUGAUUAUUUCAAUUUAUCCCUUCAUAAAUGUUUGUAUAAGAAGUAUAUCCUUAUAGGGCUUAUGAAAUGGACAUAGGGACAUAAUCUAAAUAUCCCUAGAUUUUUCAAUUUGUGUUUUAACACAAGUCCAGCAAAUCUAAAAGCAUACUUCCAUUUGAGCAUAAUAACACAAGAAUUCAGUGAUAAUAAAGGGCUUAUUGUGGAGCACUCCAUUAUUUCCACUUCUGCUAGGAAAGUUAACCUUCUCAGGAAAUAUUAUUUGAAGAGAAGAAAGUAAUACCAAACAAAACCUUAAAAGAUACUUUAAUCAGUUUUGCACUGACACUAUGAAGAAUUCAUUCUAACAUCUUGUUUCAUGAGGCCAAGUCAUUAUUUGGAGUGUGAUAGUGUAUAGGUGUGCAAUUGUUACCUCUCAACUGCCAGAAGUUCACAAUGCUAAGAGCACUGUGAGGGAUCAGCAAGCAUGCUGCUCGUUCAUCCUUUAGUUUGUAUGGUUUGUAUGCUUGGGGUAAAUUCCCAUCUCUCACUAUUCAAAAGCAGUCCAACCACCCUUUGGAAUGCCACUAAAAUAAAAAUAGUUACAUGAAAUUUAAUUUUGCUUUAGGAUCACUGAUUCCCCAUUUUAACAUACACCUCAAUUGAACUUUCUAUUAAUGUUUUUAGUUAAGAGUUCAGCUCUUAAAGUGGUCAUAUAACUGGCUUUCAACAUGAAAUAAAUAUCUCAGAAGAUAGAACCUUUGUCAUAGAAAUGGUCAAAAGACCAUAACUGUCUUUCCUUAAGGUUCUGGGAGGUAUUGGAGUUUUCAGGGAGCAUAGGCUGUUAUGUUGUUGACAGGGCCCCAGGGGCAGCCAGCAUACUUGAAAGCAGGAGCCUGACCCCUUGUCCUGGGAGCCCUCAUGCUUCUUGCUUAGAUUCCAGGCUCCAGCUGAGUGGCCAGCCCAGGGGCAGUAGCCUCCCUCCAGUCACUGGCUCUGUGAGACAUAGGAGCCAGCGCUGGGCCAUUGUCAGACAUAUCACUGGGAAAGGUGUGUGUUUGCAUUGGCCGCUCUUGCUCCAGUGCUUUGGUGACUAAGAACUGAGUAUUUAUAAGUAGGCCUGAGGGAUGUAGGGUCAGACAGGCUUUUUCAGGGUGUGCCAGGCGCACAGACUGCAUCUGUAGCUUGGUGGUGGCCUCACUGCUGUCUAGGUGACUUAAAAGUAGCAGUUAGAAAAAGUCCCUGGCAUACUUUAAUUCCUGCUAGGCACUGUAAUGGCAAUGACAUAGGUAAGGAAAAGAGAAUUAAAGCUACUGUGUCCUGGCCUAGGCAAAUGGAAAAAGUUGCAUGUCACAGUGAGGCUUAGAGUUAUUUUGCCUAUGCAUUUGGCUCACAUAACCAGUGUGAAUAGUCUAUCCCCAAAUCCAUUCAUGAUUUACUAGCUCCCGAGCCCUAAAACAAUUCUCAUCUUUUUUUCUUGAAGAAACACAGCAACGAUAUCCUUGGGCAGCAAACCAGAGCAUAUGACAUGAUUUCCUCAACCUUAUCUUGCUUUUCAAAUUCUAUAUUAAGCAUUGAAUUAUUUUUUUUAGAAUAAUUUACUUUGGAAAGGCAAGGAGAAAGCAAAUCAGGAAAGGAGAGAAGAAGUUGUUGCAAGGCUGAGGAACCAAGUACAUAAUAUCUGAAUGAAAGUAUUUUGAGAGCAGUAUUUAAUAUGCUAAAGGUUAUAAGAAUUCUUUUACAAAGAAGUUAGAAUAUUAAUCUGCUAGUUAUAAGUUUUAAAAUGAAGCUGUAACAUUAUCUCCCUGGCAGACAGGAUUGUUUUUCUUUUAUGUUUUGUGCAAGUUACACUUAGUGGUCCAUUUCCCUCCAGGCCUAGUGAUGAGUUUGGGAGCGCUGAGCUUCUGUAAGGGGCCAGUGGACUGAUCCUGAAUCCUGAUCCUGGAAAGUAGCCUGUUAGGACAGUAGCUGCUAAAUGUUGCCUGUUAUUUUAUUGGGGAGUUGGUUGGCGCUCUUGAAAUGACAUCAGCAUUUGCAUGCUCUCAUUCUGACCAGAGGUGGCACAGCGUUCGUGGCCUUUCCACUCAGUUCUGUAGGAGCCUUUAAACUUGAUAGAGAAUGCAGCCCUAGUUUGUAGAUGAUGAUUGUCAUUCCAUGCAGUGCAGUGUGCCACUAGGAGUUUUCUCAUUCCAGGUCUUUGGACUUCAUAACAUUGGGAUUGUUUUUUCAUAAUUUCCAACAUUCCAUAAAUAUUUGUCAAGGACAAAGAAAGGAAAUGUGGAUCUUUAUUCUUUUCAUAUAAAUAAUUUUGUACACAUGAUUUCCUGCUUUCAUCUGAAGGAGAAGAAACUAGCUCCCUUGUAUGGUAACUCCAGAAUUAAAAGAUGGUGCACGUAUAAGGGGUUGAAUAUAUUUUGUAAAACUCUAAUGCAUUUGUAUUUCUGUGCUGUUCUAAAGUUUACCUUUUUACUUGUAUUAAUUAAAGAUAGAGAAACUAUAUUUAAAUCAUGUAAAUGGGACACAAUUUAGGAUUUUUUCCCAAUCUUAUUUUUCGUCAGCUUCUCACACACAUAGUAUGCUGCUCAAAUUUUUUUGUGUGCAAUAUAAACAUUUGAACAUUUCAGUCAGGUACUGAGCCAGAAAAGGUAAUUGAAGUUUUUACAAAGCUUCUGUGCUUAGAAAAUAUUUUGUUUUAUUGAAAUAUUAAUAAUUUAUAGCUGGAAAAAUAGGAUCAAGACUUAGGGGUUUCAGGCCGCUUGGUCAUUGGUUCCUAAGUUUAGGAAAGCAUUUGAUUAACAAGUUGGUGAAGGUAUUUAGUGGUUACAAAAAUAGUUUAAAUAUUUGAGAUUAAAGGCUUUCUACAAACCCUUUCUAAGAAAGUUUAGCUUAGAAAUCUUAGAAAGUUUUCUAAGAAAGUUUAGCUGUGACACAUGUUUUGAUCAGAAAGAUAGUUUCUCUUUGCUCUAGUAGUUUUAUAAUUUGUACUAGUUCUUCGUUUCUGUUGUCAUUUGUUUAAAAAAAUGUUAAAAUUAUAAAUCACGUCUAAUCAUACUGAAUUGUAAAACUUCUGCUGUCUUUAUUUUAAGGAAAAAUGAGAAUAAAAUUAUCCUGUUUGUCCUACAUAC